GCUCGCCAGGUCUUCGCGAGCUCAGCUCAUCAAAAAUCAAAUAUUUCAUCUCCAGUAAUACAACAAUAUGGGUAAGCUUAAGAGAAGAAAGAACCAAAAGGCGAGGGUAAACCCUCUCAGCCGUACGCCAGGAAGCGGUCCUGCGUUGCAAGACCCCAAAAAGGACGAGACUACUCGCCAAACCAAGAUAAUUCCCCUUCUCAACAAACUCAAGUCGUCACCUCCCAACGAAAAAUCAAUGGCUUUGGGAGCAAUCACCGUGUUGUGUGAAGAUGAAAGAAUGAGGAAAAUGCUCUUGAAGGAAAAGCUUGUGGUGACCAUUUUUGAGUCUUGUUUGACCGAUAAUAACGAUGAGAUCGUGGUGGAAUCUUUUGGGUUAAUCCGUAACAUCGGGAUCGAGGAAGGCUUGGAUGUAUUGAAGCAUUUCUGGAGAUUAGAUCUCUGGAAGCACAUAACCGAUGGAUUGAACAAGAUCCAGACCUCCUACAAGCAUGUUAUUACAAAUGGCCCUGGCAAGGACAAGUCCAAGGUCCAGCUCUUGUACGAUUUCACCGAAAACAUCUUAUCCUUGGUCAUGGUGUUGGCAGGAGGCUCCAAUGACCUCUAUGACUCUAUUUUCCACCAGAUUGACCCCAUCUUGAGUUUGGUCUUCGAUUUGAUAAGCAACCAGAGAAACGAAAAGUCUUCCUUGAGAAUCACCACCAAACUAUUCAAUUCAUUAUUGGAGUUCAUCUACGAAUUCUCUACGGAGUCAGACGAGUUCAUUGCUAAACUCAACCAGGAGUCGUUCGAGUUGGGUCCUAUUAUUGAGCAUGUCGAAUCCCACCCUAACCAAUACAAUGAACUCACGCUCACUUACGUGGAGGGCCUCAAGUUCAACUACGGAGGCUCUAAUGGUUACCAGUUGGGUGAAUCGAUCCUCAACAAUAUCUACCAGAUAUUAUCCAACAUCAAUUUACAAGACCUUGCAUCCCACAUCAAGUUGGCAAAUUCCAUUCCCACGAAGGACAAGACCAUGGAUGACAUAACCAAGGAAGGAAACGCCACUCUGCACAGUAAGACCCAGCUUUCCACUUUGGAGGUGUCUCUCGACUUGAUUACUUCUAUUCUAGAGUUUUUGUCGGUAAAUGAGGAAACUGCAUUAGAGGGAGAACCAAUCCAAUUGCCUCCAUCGUUGGUAGACACGUUGUUGAACAAGACAUACCCAAUUCUCACCGAAUUGUUCAAGUUUGAGUUGGCCAACCAAUACAUGCUUAUGUUGACCAACAAGAUCUUGGUCAGUUUGAAUAACCUCGUGUGGUUGAUUUUGUCCACCGAGAACCUCCCAGUGGAAUGGUUCGAGAAGAGCAACGAGAUCUGGACAAUGAUUCUCCAAACUUCGUUCGAGGCCUUGGACCUCCAGAAAAUCAGCUUGAACAUACUCUGGGGCAUUGCCAAGUGCUUGGGCCCAGAGGUACCAAAGAACGAGGCCAUGAUCACAUCGUUGGUCACCAAAGGCCAGGAGCUCAAAUCUGCGGAAAUCAAGGACGAGGCUAUCGAUGUUUACCAAUCGCUUGUGGGGCUCUUGGGAACCUUGGCUGUGGUUGUGGACAAUACUGCAUUGACGGCCCAGAUUUCGCAAUUUCUCUUCGAGUCUAUUGACACUUUCAAAACAUUUGCAAAUCCAUUGGCAACUGAAAUUGUCAUCGAAUCAUUUAACCAGAUCUACGACAUCUUCGGCGACAAGGACUUUGCAUACGAUACCGAGAUUUUUGUGCAGCUAAACUACUUGAGUAAGUUGAGACAACUCGAGCCAGAAAUGAAAGCCUUGUACAAAAAGAUCGACAAGAACAAAUAUGGCCAGUUGAAGCUCAGAGCCGAGGAAGUGUGGAUUAAUUUGGGAAGAUUCAUCCAGUACAAAGAAAGCGAGAGACUGUGAGAUUUGGCAUCGAAUUUAGUAAUGUUGUAGUAAGUGAGGGUCUUCCGCUAUAUUUGGAAUAUACGAUUGUUGUGAGUCCACGCAUGGGUUAUGAUUCCACAGCAGAUAAGUAGACUGGCUAUUGCCUGCGAAUUUGGUUUGCCAGAACCCGUUCAGCAUAAGUCAUGAAGCUGGUUGGCGACCGCUGACAUACAAGAAUCACGGCGG